ACCUUCAGCACGACCGACUAGACCUCCUCACUGUGGUCACACCGCCUCCGCAGGUGUCUUUGUAUCUUCAUUGACGAACAUCAGCUACCUCAUUCUUGCCUAUAACACCAUUACUCUCUGGCUUUCUUCAGCAUGCCGCCCCGUGGAAGCGACGGUCUCGACUUUACCCCCAUACUCACCCACUACUUGUUCCUGUUCACGUCAAUUCUCGCUGUGGUAGGAUGGUUCCUGGCUUUCAUCUCACAGGCCAUAGCGACUGCCGAUUUCGGCCAUGGCCCUGUCGGCGUGCUAUGGUUUGCUAUAUUCCUGCAACUGUUCCUGAUUAUUGGCGUCCUGCACACCCUUGCUAGUGACUCGAUCGCCAUGAACCGCUUCCAAAUAUCUGUCUUCGGGGCCAUUGCUGUCGUCUUCGCCGUCAUCGGCGUCAACGAAGGCAUUUUUUCCGGCUCCGCCUCGCUCGACGCGAUGGCUGCCGGCUGGCUCAUCAACGCUGUCGUCGACAUCCUCUGGGUGCUCUACUUCACGUCUGAGGAGGAUUCGCUUAUGUUGCACAUCUUCAACUCCCUCGGCACAGGCGGCCUCACACCUCCUUCCCGCCGUCGCAGGGCCCCACGCACGACCUCGAUGCACACCAUGGGUGCGGGCAACGGGUACCAGGCCGGCUUUACGGGGACGCCGGGCAGCGGUAUCGGGCCGGGCUACGACACGAAAAUGGCGAGCAGUCUCGGAGGUCCGAUCGGGAGCGGGAACAGUUUCCAUGCAGGCAGCGUCGAGGGCCCGCCGAGGAGCAUUGUGGGCGCGGGAAGCAUUAACAAUGGCCCUGUGGGCAGCGGCCCGGGAUCAGUACACGGGGACGGCGCCGUAUCGCCUAAUUCUCCUCUUAUGGGCGGCGGUGCGGCAGGUGUUGGAUCAGGAGGAGGGCCCCCGCCAGGCAGCCCGAACCCUGGGGACGCGCCUUUGGGAGGCGAUAAUUACCUAUACCGGGCAAAGGCCCUAUACGCAUAUACUGCAUCCACUGAUGACCCUAACGAGAUUUCGUUUGCAAAAGGUGAGGUCCUGGAGAUCAUCGACAAGCAGGGCAAGUGGUGGCAGGCGAGAAAAACAGAUGGCGAAGUUGGAAUUGCACCAUCAAAUUACUUGCAGAUACAGUAGGCUUGGCACUCGGACUCGGACUGUUUUGUUUAUCUUCUUUCCUCUGGUGUCACGAAUGCUCAUGACAUGCUAUAUCGUCACGCGAUCUAUCAUUUCUCUUGUUCUCGCGUCGCCGUGUUAUUUUUUUCCUAUUCUCCCUGCGUUCUGGGAUGAUUGGGCACCUUUGUGAUGGCCCUGUCAUCUCUCCUUGUUGUUCUAUGUGUAUCUGCUUGAUGGAACCAGUGCUUUGUAGAAUAUACUCUCGGGUCGAUAAUCGAGGCAAUUUCACGUCGUGUGGAUGCGA